UGUGUUGCGGGGGCUCGCAGCACGCCUCGGCCUGCCUUGUUGUCGGAGCGGCCGCUGCUCCACCCCUGCUCAAAUCGACGCCCAGGCGAAGCGAAUGGCUCCCCUCUUCGCCGCCGCGUCCCACGCGUCCCUCAUCCCCCUCUUCUCCCCGGACCCCGCCGCCGCCCGCCUGGUCCGUGGCACCCUCAGGUCCCGCACCUCGGGCCUCCGCCUCCGCGGUGCCCCGAGGGCCGCCGGGCGUGGACGCGGCCGCGGCCGCGGGAGCGGGGGCAUCCCCGACGAGUGGGGUGAGCGCUCUCCGCCGGGCGCCCCCGAGCCCCCCGCGCAGCCCGACCUGCCCGUCGACGAGGACGAGUGGGGCGGCGACACCGCCGAGGGCAACUCGCGCCCCAUCGUCGUCGACGAGUGGGGCGAGCCCGCGGAGCCCGAGCCCGAGCCCGAGCCCGAGCCGCCCUCCGCCGCGGACCCGCCCAGCCCUUCCGCCGACAACGAGUGGGGGAAGGAUCCCUCGGCGCCGGCGCCGGCGCCGGCGGCGGAGGAGGUGGAUGAGCAGGCGGAGAGGAGGGAGGACCUCAAGCGGUGCCUGGUGGACACGGUGUACGGCUCCGAGCUCGGGUUCCGGGCGUCCACGGAGGUCAGAGGGGAGGUCGUCGAGCUAGUCACCCAGCUCGAGGCGGUCAACCCCACGCCCGCACCCGUCGAGGCGCCGGAUCUCCUCGACGGCAACUGGAUCCUCAUAUAUACAGCAUAUUCUGAACUCCUGCCUAUUCUAGCUGCUGGGGCAACUCCUUUUGUGAAAGUAAAGCAGAUAUCCCAAGAAAUUGACUCAAAAAGCAUGACGAUAGUCAAUGCUUCAACCCUUACGACUCCAUUCGCGUCAUUUUCAUUCAGUGCAACUGCCUCUUUUGAGGUUCAAAGUCCAUCAAGGAUAGAGGUCCAAUUUAAGGAGGGGAGCUUUCAGCCUCCAGCGAUAUCAUCAACAGUGGAUCUACCUGAACAGGUCGAUAUAUUCGGGCAGAAGAUCAGCCUGGGGCCAGUCCAGCAGGUGCUGAACCCUUUGCAGCAAACGUUUGCUAGCAUUGCAGGCUCCAUUUCUGGACAGCCACCCCUCAAGGUACAGAUUCCUGGCAACAAUAGAGGCCGGUCGUGGCUCCUGACAACCUACCUGGACAAAGACUUCAGGAUCUCAAGAGGUGAUGGAGGCUUGUUCAUUCUCGCUAAAGAGGGGAGCCCUUUCCUAGAUCAAUUGUAAAUCUGUAAUAGGUCACGGUGGGAAAGGAAAGGCAUCAUUAUUCAGAACUGCACAGAACUUAAUAGAAGACACUGUUUCAUUCUUUACCUCUGCUUAUCAAACAAGCUUGAGAUAUGCAUUGCUAUGAGAUCUCACUCUCAGUAACCAGUAUUGAAUCAGCUACCUUGUGUUACUC